AUGGCUAUGUGGGGGCCCCUCUACGGCGCCCCGUCAGACUUUGUCAGUGGAGUUUAAUUUUUUUUAGUUCAUAUUUUAUUUUUGCUUACAGAAGACAAAGCUGUCCCCUUCCCAGAAGGGGAAGAGCUCAGAGAAAAGUUUGUGACUUCUAAAAAGUGAAGACUUGCCUGGAUUUCACGCGGCCAGGACUUCUCUCUCCUGUUGGCGGGAAGCCCAGAUGACCUGCUUUCCCAUUACUCCUCAGUCUGAAACCUGUCUGCUGGAGUCUGUGUAACUGGGACUUGCGAACCAGGGAGAAAUUGCUGAAGUAGAAGAUUCUGGUGGAGGGGGCGGGAGCGGGGAGACAAAAGAAACCAAUUCUCUGGGCAUACAGGCUAAGCCUGAAGGAUUUCCAAGAUGACCAAGGUACCAGUCACCAAGAAGAUACAGAGUUCCUCCGCCUCGCGGGCCCUCUGGCCCUUGUAUGCAGCAGAUCUUCUAACCCAGGUCCCAGAAAAGCCAAUGAAGAGCAUCAGGUACAUGGACAAGGAAAUAAUAAACCUCAAGAAAGACCUUGCACGAAGCCGCAUCCUGAUUCAGUGGGUGAAAAUUGGUCGUGGAUACUUUACCAUGCUGAGGGAAGAGAGUGCAAUGAAGAAGCAGCAGCAACAACUUCAGAAACUAAAAGAGGAAGAAAUGAAUAAAUUCCAGCCAGCCACAAAGCUGCCAGAAAUCCAGUAUGGGGAUAUUCUUUUGACCACAUACGGGGAGGAGAAGACCAAGAAGGUAGGGGCUGGUGUCAUCCUCCGCCCCUUCACCCCCGUGCAUAGCUGCAUCAUUGCACCCUUGCUGCCUGAGGCUCACAUUGAGCCCAUCUUCCGCCAGCUCUGUGCCCUCCACUGGCUCCUGGAGGCCCUGACUAUCGACCACACCCACCACACCAUGAAGCCUGUGAUCACCUGCUGGAAUCCAAAGGACCCUGGUGGAAGCAAGAACACAAUCAAAAAAAUCAAUAAGGACAAGUCCAUGGGACAGAGGUGGGAGCACUUCGUCACAGCACCAAAGACCAAGAAAUUCAAAAUUCCCGUCACACGCAUCACCAGCCACAAACCAAGCCGGCGAGGCUCCACCCUCAGUCUGUCUCGGACAAGUGGAGGGUCAUCCCCCCAGGGCAGCAUGAUCUCUGUGAACCCAGGCUCUGAUGAGCCCCAGAGUGUGAUCACCCAGGUGACAGGCAGCAAGGACAUUGAGGACAAUGAAUCGUCUUCGACCAAGCCUGAGGAAGAGCCUCUCCAUGUCAGUCUGCAGAAGCUCCUGGAGAUGGUUUGGGAAGAUGCUCGGAGGACAGUCACCAUGGAAAAUGGGAUGCAAAAACAAGCGCCCAGUAUCUUGUCAGUGCUCAGGCAAAACAAGAGCGAUUCUGCCUAUAAAGACAUGCAGACCACCCGCAAAUCAAGUGACAGAUCCAGCAGUACAAGUGGAGACAGCCACUCCCAGGUCCUCCAGAAGAAAUCUAAAAGCCGCACCAACCGUGACAUCAUCCACUCCAAGAGUGGGGUGUGUAACACCCUGAGGGCCAAGUUUUACAGUGUUGCCCAGGAGGCUGGCUUCUGUCUGCAGGACAAGAUGGAAAUCCUCAUGAAGCGCCAAGAAGAAAGAGGUAUCCAGAAGUUCCAUUCUUUUCAACUCGUCUCAACUUUCCAAAAGGAUAUAGCAAAAAUGAGACAUCAAGUCUCCGUGGUAAAAGGAGAUGCAGAAGAAAUUGCAGAUCACUGGUAUUUUGACCUGCUGUCCAAACUCCCUGAGGAUCUGAAGAAUUUCCGCCCCGCCAGAAAGAUCCUGAUAAAACUGCAGAAGUUUGGGGAAAACCUGGACCUGAGGAUCCGGCCGCAUGUCCUCCUGAAGGUGUUGCAGGACCUGAGGGUCUGGGAACUGUGCUCUCCAGACAUUGCAGUGGCUAUUGAGUUUGUUCGAGAACACAUCAUCCAUAUGCCUCAAGAGGAUUAUAUCAACUGGUUGCAGAACCGGAUCAGUGUCCCCAUCAGGGCCCACAGUGCCCAGACGUAGGGGCCUGGGUUGAUCAACUAUCCCUGUGGGGGAGAGCUGUCUACACCGUGUUCCGGCUUCCUACCUACUCUCAUGGACACUCAUUAUGAUAGAGCAGGGUCAUCUGGAGCCUGGCUUCUGGCAACGUUCUAUAGGGAGCCACUCCCAGGUGGAAACUCUACCUCACAGCCCAGCCUGACUCUCCCAACCUCUGAUCCUCAGUGGUCCAGCGUGACUCUGCCUACUCCCUCUCCAGAUUUCGUCACCCUAUACUUCUUCCUCAAAUUCUGGGUAAUAAAAUUGAGCUGAGUGUUUGAUGUCCAGCUGGGAAAAAGUUGGAGCUGUGGAAUUUCGGUGUGGUAUUCAGAUGCUAAUAAUAAUCUACAAUGAUCAUUUAUUGAGCUUUUGUUAUACAACAGGGCUGGGUGAUGUUAUUGCCUAAUGAUAGUAUUUAAAUCUCAGAAUUACUUGGUUAAGUAGGUACUGAUGUUGUCCCCAUUUCACACCAUUGAUGCUAGAGUGUAUUUCUCAAUGUUGUAUAUAUUGUCCUGGAUAGGGAUGAGUGAAUGGAUGGAUGGAUGGGGCAUUUCCCAACAAGGCAGGUG